UUGUUUUGGGUUUUUAAUAGAAAAGUUUAAAAAUUUUUAAAAUUUUAUUAACAAAAAAUUAUUGAAAAUAUUAUCUCUUUAAAUAUUAUAAUACUAAUUGUGAAAGAAGUUUAAUAAAAUUGCAAUAUUAUCAAUUCUUUUUGCAGAAAAUCUUUACUAUGUCUUUGGGUUCUCCUGCUAUUCAAAAUGAUCAAAUUAUAAAUGAAACUUGUAAUCCGUUGGAUUUUGAUGAAUUCGAUCUUAAACAUGGAAUUGUUAAUGGUCCUACACCGCCAAAUGUUCCCUUAAAAGGCCAAUAUAAACAAAGUUUUGCCUAUUACACAUUUCGUCAACGUUUGCCCAAUACUUUGAAUACUAUAUGCAAAACUUUAGAACAAACUGGACAAGAAAAAGAAUUUCCUUAUUCCCCAGAGGAAUUGAACUCUGUUAGAGAACAAGUUAAACAACUAAAAACACAACUGGAAAAUGAUGAACCUUUACAGUUAUUCACAGGAAAGGAAACCGAUCGUGAAUUAUGGAAUUCCUUUAUUUCAAAUUUGGCUGCCGAUCAAAACACCUUUUAUAAAACCUGUUGGUUGUAUGCCGAAUGUUAUAUGUACCGCAAGUUGGCCUCGUUCUUUGAGGCCACACAAACUCUUACAAAUUACGACUUUUUUGCACAACAGAAAUUCCAAGCUCUUAAACUGGCCUCAGAAGUAAUGGUGCAAGUAGCUCAGAAUACCCAAAAUCCUGAAAAUAAUGUACAAACUUUUCAAAAACUCUUAAAGCUUAAUCUUUGGGGCAAUCGUUGUGAUUUAUCCAUAACCUCGGGUCAGGAAGUAAAACCUUUAGGCAAUCUUCUCGAUAUCAUUGACACACUAAAUGACAAUAUCUUAAUUGAUCAUAGUGCCGAUAUUUGGCAUUGUUUACAGCAUCACAAAGAUUCAAAAAUUAUUGUUGAUUUUAUUUGCGAUAAUGCUGGUUUUGAAUUAUUUACCGAUCUAUUAUUGGCUCAAUAUCUAAUCGAUCAUAGAUUAUGUAAUAUCGUACGUUUUAAUUUGAAAUCUAUACCUUGGUAUGUAUCUGAUACAACGGCACAAGAUGUUCAUGGAACAUUGAAAUAUUUAAAGGAACAUCAAUCGUUGGAGCUAAAACGUUUGGGUAAUGCAUGGACGCAGUACCUUGAAGAUGAACGAUUUGUUUUAGCUUCCAGGGAGGAUUUUUGGACAUCACCUUAUGAGUUCUAUAGAAUGCCCGACAUUAAUCCCACGCUCUACCAACAGCUGCAGCAAUCCACUUUACUUAUCUUUAAAGGUGAUUUAAAUUAUCGCAAACUUUUGGGUGAUUUCAAUUGGAAUUUUUGCGAAAAAUUUGAAACCUGCCUAAGAGGAUUUCGACCCACAAAUCUAUGCACUUUACGCACAGUUAAAGGAGAUUUAAUAUGUGAUUUGAAACCGGGACUAGCGACAGAGUUAAAUGAAUUAAAUAAAGACUGGAUGUUUACCGGGGAAUAUGGUUUAAUACAAUUUAUAAGCAAGGCGUAAAAAGGGGUGGGGGAGGGUGUAAAGAAAAUGUUCAAAUUUCUUUAUAAAUAGUAAAAAUACUAUGUAAUUGUUGUUGUUCGUUUUUAAAUAAAUGUAUAUUUCUAAAUUGUUAUUUUUUUUUGUUACAAUAUUUUUUUUUGUAAGUUUGAGUUUUUAGUCUUUCUUUUUUCUUGGAUUGUUUUUUAUUGUUGUUUUUUUAUUUUAAUUUUUUUCGGCUGCUACAAUUUGUUAACUUGCUAAAACAUUACUAUAUUUAUUAUUUCUUGAGUUUUGUUUA